ACAACAACAACUCGCUUGGAGGUUCAGUGCUGAAGAAAUCGCGACAACACACUCCAGCUUUUCUAUUUAACCUUCUGCUGCCAGACUGUUUAUCUGACGGACACUUCAGCUGCUUGCCUUUAUUCAGUAUAUAUUGAGUAUAUACUGUAAAUUCCUCUACAAAAGCGAUCAGGAACGCUGGACUUUGUUAUUUCAGCUGCUAUUUCAUACGCAAACAGGCUUGAUGGAGGAGACACAGCAUCAAGUCAAAACGAGAGAAACUCACUUGCUGAAGAGAAAAGACAGAACAUGUGUCACCUGCACCCAGUGUGGCAAGAGUUUGGCAAACAAACACAGUCUCAGGACUCACAUGAGGAUCCACACCGGAGAGAAACCAUUCACAUGUUCUCAGUGUGGGAAAAGUCUGGCAUACAAAGCCAGUCUCGAGAUUCACAUGAGGGUUCACACCGGAGAGAAACCAUUUACAUGCCCUCUGUGUGGGAUAAGUCGAGCAAAAAAAUCCAGUCUCAAGAAUCACAUGAGGAUCCACACGGGAGAGAAACCAUUCACAUGCUCUCAGUGUGGGAAGAGUUUCAGACUUUCAUCAAACCUUACUCACCACAUGAUGAUUCACACUGGAGAGAAAACACACAAGUGUGAUCAGUGCAGCAAAACAUUUUUGAGGGGUUCAGAGCUGAGGAUUCACCUUAGAGUUCAUACAAAAGAGAAGCCUUAUUCCUGCUCUGUGUGUGGAAAGAGUUUCUCACAUCAAGGAAAUUUAGGAAAACAUCAGAAAAUUCACACUGGUGUGAGAGAGUACAUGUGCCUUGAGUGUGAGAAGGCCUUUCGUACGGCUGAAGACUUGAAAGUACAUGAGAGGAUUCACACUGGAGAGAAACCUUACAAGUGUUCGCACUGCAACAAAAGAUUCGGUCAUUCAGGACAUCUAAAAAUACAUGAGAGGAUUCACACUGGAGAGAAACCUUACAAGUGUUCAUACUGUAACAAGAGGUUUACUGUGUCAGGACAACUAACUAGCCAUGAGAGGAUUCACACUGGAGAGAAACCUUACUGGUGUUCACAUUGUGACAAGAGAUUCAAUCAUUCAGGAUAUCUAAAAGUACACCAGAGGAUUCACACUGGAGAGAAACCUUACAAGUGUUCACACUGCAACAAGGCCUUCAAUCGUUCAGGAUAUCUAAAAGUACACCAGAGGAUUCACACUGGAGAGAAACCUUACACGUGUUUACUCUGCAACAAGAGAUUCACUCAGUUAGGACAAUUUAUCAUGCAUCAGAGAAUUCACACUGGAGAGAAACCUUACAAGUGUUCACACUGCAACAAGGCAUUCAUUCAUUCAGGACCUCUAAAAAUACACCAGAGGAUUCACACUGGAGAGAAACCCUACAAGUGUGCACACUGCGACAAGAGAUUCACUCAGUUAGGAUAUCUAAAAAUACACCAGAGGAUUCACACUGGAGACAAACCAUAGGCAUGACAUCAAUGUCCAGAGUUUUACAG